AUGGAAUGCCGUGUUCUGUCUAUACAGAGCCAUGUAGUCAGGGGAUAUGUGGGCAACAAGAGCGCCUCAUUUCCAUUACAGGUGUUAGGAUUUGAGGUAGACUCCAUCAACUCUGUCCAGUUCUCCAACCAUACGGGUUAUUCCCAUUGGAAGGGUCAGGUUUUGACAGCAGAUGAACUCCACGUCCUUUAUGAAGGAAUCAAGCUCAACAAUGUACACCACUAUGAUUAUGUUUUAACAGGGUACACAAGAGACACAUCGUUCCUGGAGAUGGUAGUGGAUAUUAUUCAGGAGUUGAAGAGAGCUAAUCCCAACCUGGUCUAUGUGUGCGACCCUGUCCUUGGAGAUCAUGGGUCCAUGUACGUUCCCCAGAACCUCCAUCCAGUAUAUAAGAACAAGGUGGUCCCGGUCGCUGACAUCAUCACUCCUAACCAAUUUGAGGCUGAGUUAUUGACAGGAAAAAAUAUCAGCACAGAGAAAGAUGCAGUGGAGGUCAUGGACCUGCUUCAUGCCAUGGGCCCAGACACUGUGGUCAUCACCUCCUCUGACCUGCCCUCUCGACUAGGGGACCGCUUCUUAGUUUCACUGGGAAGCCAGCGCACUGUUCUUUCAGAUGGUAGUAGGACAACACAGAGAGUCCGUAUGGAGGUACCAAAGGUGGACGCUGUAUUUGUAGGGACAGGGGACCUGUUUGCUGCUAUGCUAUUAGCAUGGACACACCACUACCCAAAUGACUUAAAGACGGCUUGUGAGAAGACCUUUUCAGUGAUGCAUCAUGUUAUCAAGAGGACAAUAGCAUAUGCUCAUGAAUUAGCAGGUCCUGGUCGGAGGCCCAGUCCUCCCCAGCUGGAGCUGAGAAUGGUUCAAAGUAAAGCUGACAUAGAAGACCCAGCAAUUGUUAUGGAGGCCACAGUCAUAUCUUAA